UUGUGUAUCGAUGCCGCAGCAGAUCCCAUCGUCUGUUAUCGUAUCGGAUCGGUCACGUUGAUUUGGAAAGUGUGUUAUUUUCGGUGUAUAUGACAUGAAAAUUGUAAAUAAACGCCAUUUCCAAUGCAACAACACACAGAGACACAUACACUCGCAUUCCGCAAAACAUUCAUUUUUAUUAGUCUAUCGCAACGAGAUAAGGUUGUGGUCACUUGUUGUGAUAUGUGAUACGAUUCAACAUGAUAGUCACUAUGUUAAGUGUCAUUCACGCAAAUUAGAAUCAAAAGAGAAACAGAAAUACACGCAACACAAUAUACUCUAUUCAAUCGUUGGACAAACGUAAAAAAAGAAGAAAUAAUACUAGAUAAAGAGAUUUCGUAACUAACACAUCUUAAAUAUUGUAUGUGUGCGCAACAUAACGAAAUGAUAAUAUAAUCGCAGACAGUUUAGUUUACCUGAAUAAUGAUAACAGCGGUUUCACUAGACAACGCUUCGAAAAUAGUUCGGCUCGGUGAAUUUCAAUAUUUGAAUCAAGUGUAUUGAAUGUUGAACAGAAUGAAAGAAGACAAAACGAGACAAAAGAGUGAAAUGAAUAAUCAUGCCCCCGAAGCAGAUUCGCAGAAUUUUAGAUCAAAGGAUAAAGGAUGGAAUGUUGAUUUACUGGAACUUAUUCUCAACGACAUUGGUGGCACAUUCAAAAAAUAUCAAAUCAUCAAUUAUAUUCUUUUUUGCCUACCAUUUUCGUUGUCUGGCAGCUUUGGAUUAAAUUACGUUUUUACCGCGCUAAAUGUUGAAUACCGUUGUUUCAUUCCAGAAUGCGAUGCAAUCGGUACAAAUGUAAAUCAGUCAUGGAUUUCAAAUGUGAUACCAUUCGAAAACGGAAAACCAUCGAAAUGUACUCGUUAUGCUGGUUAUUCAAAUAUUACCACUCACUUCACGGACGAAAUAUGUCCGGCCGAACAUUUUAAUCAAUCACAUAUUAUAGACUGUAAUAAUAAGUUUAUUUACAAAACGAAUGAAAUUUCCAUUUUGAAUAAUUUUCAUUUAGAAUGCGAUGAUACUGACUGGAAAUUGGCGUUUGUCGGCACCGCCAAUAAUUUGGGUCGUUUCAUAUUUAUGCCGAUAAUGGGUUUGUUUUCGGAUCGCUAUGGUCGUCGAACUAUACUGAUAGCUGGUGUAUUCGGCAGCACUAUAUUUGCAUACAUUCGAUCAAUUGCAUCCAGCUACGUGACAUUUGUUUUGUUUGAAUUUCUGGAUGCCGGUUUCGGUUCGAUGACAUACUCUGCUUCAUUUAUAUUGGCCAUGGAGUGGAUUGGUGUUAAAGAUCGUGUUUUACUUGGUAGCAUUGUAACGGCCACAUAUCCAUUUGGCCAAAUAUUUUUGGGUCUUACAGCGCGUGCUGUUCGAAAUUAUCAACAAUUAUUACGAAUCAUUUAUGCUCCCGGUUUUUUAAUUUUACUCUAUUUUUGGAUUGCACCCGAAAGUAUACGAUGGUUGAUUGUCAAUAAAAAGAAAGAUCGCAUUCUUUCAACAUUAAAACGUGCCGAAAGAGUUAAUGGAUUAAAAUUGUCGCCGAACACAAUCGAUCGAAUCAAUAUUGAAUUAUAUGGAGAAAUGAAGAUGACACCGCAUGAUGCAGUGAACGUUCCAAUGGAUGAACAACACGAUAGUAAAUUAAAACAGUUUCGAAUUAUUUUCACCCAAAGAGUUUUUCUGUUACGAUUUUCGUUAUGCGCAUUUGCAUGGUUGACAAGUGCAUUCGUUUCGUAUGGCAUUUCGUUGACAUCGAUCACAUUUGCUGGCGAUAGAUAUAUUAGUUUUAUUGUGAUUGCUAUUGCUGGCAUUCCGGCCAUGCUUUUGGUAUACUUUUUAAUGGAAUCAUGCGGUAGACGAUGGACUAUUUCGAUGUCAUUGUUGAUUGGAGGUUUAUCGAUAAUCACUUCAAAAUCACUGCCAACUUAUUUUACCAUAAUAUCAAUUACAUUAUUUUUCAUUGGAAAAUGCUUCAUUACCGUUGCAUUUACCGGCCUAUAUGUGUACACAAGCGAACUUUGGCCGACUAGCAUUCGACACAGCAUGAUGGGAUUAUGUUCAACGAUUGGCAGAAUUGGAGCCGCUUGUGCACCAAUGGCACCACUUUUGGGUGUCUAUUUGGAAAUUUUACCGUACUUAGCAUUUGGUUUGAUGUCAUUAAUUGCAUCAAUUCUAAUUUUAAAGUUGCCAGAGACAUUGAAGCAAAAGUUACCUGACACAAUAUCCGAAGCAAAGCAAAUUGGACGAGAGUCGGACAAUGAAACAUCAUAAAUUUCUGUUUUUUUUUUGGCAAUGUUGUUGUUAUUAUUUGUUUUAAACCAAUUUAAGUGUUCUGGCGUUUAGUAAAUUUUUCCGCCGAUGUAAAGAAAUGUAAUGUUACGAAAAAAACGGUAAUAGCAAUCUUGUACAUAUAUUUAUAAAUAGUUUUUCACCAUGGUAUUUUUCUUAUGUAAAUUAAAAUAGCUGCACAUAUUAAGCAAAAAAAAAAUAAGUUGUUAUCAAAGAAAAACAAAUGACUAUAAAUAAUAAAUUUGG